GCAUUCUCUCGAGGGUUUCAUCCUCACCGUGAGCUUAGAUAGAGGAGCCAUUGCCUGACGUGAAUGUGUUAGCAGUCACCUACGAUCAGGUGUGCACUCUCGUGCUGGGGUCUUUCUUGAGGUUGCCCUCUCUUGCAGGUUGUUCAACUCAAUGGCAGCUAUGGCGUGCUCCAUGGGGACCACAGUGGCGCCACGCGCCAUGGUGGCCUUGGAAUCCACAACUUCAAGCUUAGCCAACUACAGAGUGAGCUUUGUUGGGCCUAUUAGCCGCAGGUCGGCGUUGGUGGCGUUCGGAGCUGGUAAUGGGAGCUCUAGAGUGACCAUGGCUGCCGCGGGGGCUGCAGCACCCAAGAACAAGGGUGGGAAGAAGGAGAUUGACGAGUCGUUGUUGACCCCUCGGUUUUACACGACCGACUUCGACGAGAUGGAGCAGUUGUUCAAUGUGGAGAUUAACAAAAACCUGAAUGAGGCUGAAUUUGAGUCCUUGCUUGCUGAGUUCAAGGCUGAUUACAACCAAACCCAUUUCGUCCGGAACCCCGAGUUCAAGUCAGCCGCGGACAACAUCCAGGGACCAUUGAGGCAGAUUUUUAUUGAGUUCCUUGAGCGGUCUUGCACUGCUGAGUUCUCUGGGUUCUUGUUGUACAAGGAGCUUGGGAGGAGGUUGAAGAAGACCAACCCUGUUGUGGCUGAGAUUUUCACCUUGAUGUCAAGAGACGAAGCCAGACAUGCUGGGUUUCUGAACAAGGGACUGUCAGACUUCAAUCUGUCUCUGGACCUUGGAUUCUUGACCAAGACAAGAAAGUACACCUUCUUCAAGCCCCAGUUCAUCUUCUACGCAACCUACCUGUCUGAAAAGAUCGGGUACUGGAGGUACAUUACCAUUUUCAGGCAUUUGAAGCAAAACCCCGAGUAUCAGUGUUACCCAAUCUUCAAAUAUUUCGAGAACUGGUGCCAGGAUGAGAACCGUCACGGUGAUUUCUUCUCUGCACUCAUGAAGGCACAGCCCCAGUUUUUGAAUGACUGGAAGGCCAAGCUCUGGGCUCGUUUCUUCUGCCUCUCUGUCUACGUCACCAUGUACUUGAAUGAUGUACAGAGAACCUCAUUCUACGAGGGCAUUGGUCUCAACACCCGGGACUUCGACAUGCACGUGAUUGUUGAGACAAACAGGACUACAGCCAGGAUCUUCCCUGCGGUGCUCGACGUUGAGAACCCAGAGUUCCAACAGAGACUCGAUAAGCUCGUGGUGCUUAAUCAGCAGCUCAUUGACGUUGGAAAGUCUAACGCACCCGCUGCCCUGAAGGCGCUUCAGAGAGUGCCUGCCAUUCUUGGAUUUGUGAAUGAGCUUCUCGCUUUGUAUUUGAUGAAGCCUGUAGACAGCGGGUCGGUGGAUCUCGUCGAAUCAGAACCACAAAUGGUUUAUUAAACUAUGACUUGACGAAUUUUCUAGAUCAUGACCUUUUAGGUUCCAAGUUUGAAUCUUGAGGGUGUUCGCGGAAGAAACUUGGCAGAUUGAACUUGGGCAUCUUGUUCUAGUGGGGAACAAUGGUGCGGGUUGGAAUGAAGCAAGCGCUGCAUGCUUUGAUUGUGUACACAUAUUGGUACGAAUAGAACCAUGAAACAAACAGCCGUUGUGGCAUUUUUAAAUUCAUGCUUGUGGUGUGUGCGGUUUUUCCUCACCCAACUAUUGAUAUCA